AUCUCCACAGCGCCAUCUAGAUCCAGUGGAGCCUGGGGUCCGAUCGAGACUUCAAAUCAAAGCGAUCCAUUCUGACGGAGUCCCGUCUUGAGCUUUGCGCUCUUGACUAUUCUCUCAAACCAUGGCGCCCGUCCAGCACGCGGGUGCCAUCCCCGACAUUCCGGGCGAAGCAUCCAUUCCCCACAGCGACCUGACAGCAGACGAUAUUCUUCUACCAGAUGUAAACCACCUCAUCACCUUCGUCCUCGCAGCGAUCUGGUUUUUCUUCUGGGCCAAGAACGGAGGGUUCGUCUGGCGCAAGGGCGACUGGGAGGACUAUAAGUCGACGGUCCUGCGGCGCAAGGGCCCUGACGGACGAACACUCAGCAAUGCCACAAAGAGCACCAGACUCGGAGGCGGCAGCGUUGUUGGCAGAGGCUACACCGACGAUGGCUACACCGUGACAGACAGCGCACCGGGAUACACCGACACCGCGACAACAGUGACCGAGAAAGAACCCAAACGCAAGCGCCGGUUUCGCGAAGCCGCCAAGCAGAAGCUACUCCGACGACGACCAGACGACGACCACUGGGAAGGCUCGGUGGAUGAAGACGUGCGCGCCUAUCGUCAAGAGAAAGCCGCCCGUAUCGGCGGCAUCAACCGCGAUCCAGACGGCACCUACCACGGCAGCGACUACGACACAUCGCAGGAGCCCAGCAGCUACCAACAGAGCGAGAUGAGCCAAGUCCGCGACUACGCCUACGAACGGCCCUCCGGACCGCCACCCACCCAAACCCGCAACUUCUCCUUCGUCCCCGGCGGCGACGAAUCAGAAAUUAGCCAGGUUCCUCCUCCCCGCGCUGCGCGCGAGCCCUCUGCCCGCCGCCACAACCGCCGCCGCGAACGUCGCAGUCGCCCGCCAUCCGCCGUCCCCUCCCGCCAGACCAGCCCGCGCAAGCACGGCGACAGACGCUCCGUGCCGGGCCACUACACCGAGCCACUGGACAUGUCGUCUGCGCCUUCGCGCUCAGAGUACCAGUACUCCAAUGUCGACACGGAAGACGAAUCCGGCACCCGAAGCUACCACCAUCCUAUUCCGGGGCUGAGCAAGGGGUAUCGCCGUGAGGGGGGACGCAGCCGACGCCGCGAUAGUCUCAGUGACAGCGACGGCGACGAAACUCGAUAUACAUGAUUUUUCUUUUUCUUUGUUUUUCCCAUCCGCGAU